GAUCCCCACCACCAAAGCCUGAACUUGAAGUGCCCUGGGCCAAGGAACUACAGGAUUGCAAGGAACUGGAAGAACUACUGCAAUUUGUUGACUUCAACAUUGAUGGAAAUGCACUUCUUGAGCCCAACUUUCCAGAAGACCUCGAGGAGCCAAACAAUCCAUUGGGAAUUCCCACAGAGCAGCUACCCAGAUACCUCACAUUGCCUGUCCAUGAUCAGAAUCCCUCUCCGGGAGAGGGAGAUGAGAGAUCCAACCAGGAAGAGCCUUGGAACCCCAGGGCCCAUGAGCAAAAGAGUGCCCCAAAGAAGCCACACCAAUGUGUUCAGUGUGGGAAGGGUUUUGUUUCUAAGAAGGUACUUAAGGGGCACCUGAAAAUUCAUUUGGGAAAGCUCCCUCAUGAGUGCCCUGAUUGUGGGAAAAGGUUCCUUCGUAGGUCAAACCUACAAAGGCAUCUUCGAGUUCACACAAGGGAGGCUCCCUAUAAAUGCAGCGUGUGUGAGAAGCGAUUCACUCAGCAGUCACACCUCUCAGAACACCAGAAAAUCUCUUCUGGUCAAGGAGUAUCCACUUGCCCCGAGUGUAAGUUGCGAUUUUGUAAUAAAAAACAAUUUAUACAACACCUGAAAAUCCACACAAACGGAAAGCCCCAUAAAUGUCAGAGUUGUGGGAAAAGAUUUAGACGACAAAGAGACCUUAAUUUGCACCACGGGUCACACACUGCAGAGAGACCAUUUGUGUGUGAGAAUUGUGGGAAAAGCUAUAGACAGAGAUCGAGCCUUGUUUUUCAUUACAGAAGCCAUUCGGGGCAGAAGCCAUACAAUCUUCCCAAGGAAGGCAUGAUUUAA